GGUGAAUCGAAAACUUCAUUUCGGGAUAAAAAAAAGUAUAUAUAUAUAUAUAAACACAUAUCCAUAUAGAGAUGAAUUGAAAUUGAAAUCUCUCAAUGAAUGCAAAUGGUUUGCAAAGUUAUGAGAGCUUCACAGUGCCAAUUAUUCAUCAUCGGAAAAAGAGAAACGGCACAAUGAAACUACGGCGUCUCCGGCCAUCCGUUGGCGCUGAAGUAAUAAAAUCAGGUGCCGAUUCUUAUAGAACGGGAACAGUAACGCCUUCCAAGAAUGUUUACAGGGAUAACUUUUUUGACCGUUUGGCCAUCAACCAUCUCUCCCAAUGCAUACAAGCUGCUUCAGGACUGCGAAAUAAAACAAGAGGGUACGACGGUUUAGUGGAGGCAGCAACAGCAGUUUCUCGAAACUUCGACUCGGCCCAACAGCAGAAAAUUGUCCUCCAAGCUCUUCAAAAUGCCAUUCCCGGUCCCAUUCUUUUGUUGAUGCGUAUGGUGCUUCCACGUUUGACGUUGGGAAGUGAAUACUGCGCCGCCUUCACCACACUUUUCUUUACCUGGCUAGUUGGUCCGUGCGAGGUGAAGAAGGCAGAAGAUGAAGAGAGAAGAGAAAAGAAUGUUGUCCACAUAAAGAAAUGCAGGUUCUUAGAGGAGAGCAACUGUGUUGGAAUGUGUACCAAUCUAUGCAAAAUCCCUUCUCAAACGUUCAUCAUGAAUUCCUUGGGAAUGCCGGUAAAUAUGGUUCCUAAUUUUGAUGAUAUGAGCUGUGAGAUGAUAUUUGGCGAGCAUCCUCCCUCACAAUCUGAAGAUCCAGCACUUAAUUAUCCUUGCUACAAAUCGUGUGAUCUAUCCCAGAAAAAGCACCACAAGAAAUGCAUUUAGCAAAGCAGCAAGCAACCUGAAUUAUCUCGACAUAAAUGGUGUGGCGACGGGGUGGAUAUAGGGGAGGGGCCGGGGGGCCUCGGCCUCCCAAUAAAAAAAUGUGAUAUAUACUACUACGUAUCAUAUGUGUGUGUCAAAUAUUUAAUCCACCAAAACAUAAAUUCUUUAAACAUCGACCUCCAUAAUCUAUCAUUUCUAACUUCGCCAAUCAAUGGCGACCACCUUUUAUAUCUUUUAUAUGCUUAAAUCCCAAAUCUUUCGCCUUUCCAUAAAUAUGAUGCCUCUUUAUUGUAUCAGAAAUGAUUUUCCUUCAAUCUCAACUUGCAGUCUUGCAAUAGAAUAUAAAAUUAAGAUGAUAAUGUAUGGAACAAAAGACGCUUUACUAUGGUUUCACCC